GCGGCCGGUGAGAGUGACAGUAUUGCGAGUUGCACGCGCACCGUCGCGCGGGAAAGUUUACCGAUUUGGCGCCAACGCGAAUUAAAAAAAACUUUUGCUUUUUAACAGGAACAGUGUUGUGUCUCGCUCUAACAGUACGGGUUGGAUAGUGACGUGUAAUUAGUGACUUUCGCUGUUUGAUCAGGAUGAUGCGUUGUGUGAAGCUAUGGAUGAUCGCGUGUCUGACGACAUCACUGGCGGCGCCGUCACCACAACAGCUCGGGCUGGACUUAAUAGACCUGGCUGCUAUCAGCAGAAUGUCUCCAAAACAGCUGGAGGCAUUAGCUGAGGGCCUAGCGGCGGAGGAAAUUAUGAGGACAAAGAGAUCAUCAGCGCAAGCGCUUAGUUCUGUCGUCUCAAAAGCAUCAUCAGCAUCAAACAUCGGCAGCAAGAUCGGGCUGCUUGGCCAAGCAUCAUCAGGGGCGCUGACAUUCAUCGCCUCUGCUUCAAGCAAGUCAGGCCAACACGACGAACACCCUGGAUAUUCCUAUGAACCGCAAGAAAGCAAAGUCGACUUCUGGGGUCUCAAGAAGUCCAUCUUCUACACACUCCUUCAAGCGGCGAAGGCUAUAACCGGAGGGGUGACCAUCUUGAAGGGCCAGCUGAUCAAGGGCGGUGGUGCGCUAGCUGCGACCUUGGGCAAGGUCAUAUCGGUGAAGGGGGAAGCUGUCAGCAACUUUGGCAAGAAGAUCGUCUCGUCUGCUGCUUUGAGCCAUAAGAAACCAUCGCCACCCGUAUACGGGCCACCGCCCGCGCACAUAGAGUACCCGCCAAGCGCGUACGGCGCGCCGACUGCGCCCGCGCAUUACUCCGCGCCGACCGCGCCGGCGCACUAUGGCGCGCCAUCGGCGCCCACCGGCUUCGCUUCGCACAAAUACCCCUCGCAUUUGGACGGGCGAGGUAAACUGAACGGAGUACACGCCGGCCUCGUCAUACUGACGCCGCUGGAAGAAGGCGGCACCAGCGAAGCUCAGCACACUCACGCUAGCCACACCCCCCUCGAACCACCCCCCUCCAUCCUUCAUACCGCCUUCAGUGCCAUCAAGAACGUCUUCUCCUCAGUCAAACCUGCAUUCCAAUCCCCCGAACCAGAAGCAGACACCUACCAACCCCCACCCCCACCAGUCCCCGCCUUCAAACCGAUGACUUGGGGCGCCGUCAACUCCUACGGAGAACCAGCCAUGGUCGAGGCCCACCCGGACUAUGACCCUCGCAACCCAUACCCACCCUUCGACAAAGCCUCCAACAAAAAAGGUGUCGCGUCUCGACCAGCCCCAGUCUUCCACAAAACAGGCUUGACUGACGAAAAAAUACAAAAAAUAAGUCAUAACUUAAAAAAGAUGGCCGCUUUUAUAAACGACAACAUCCAACGAUCCUCAGAAGAACAACCAAAAUUAACUCCCAUGGAUGUCUAUAGGGACAUGCUUGUCAAAGGCGAAAUUCCUUUAAUCCCAACUCCUGUAGUAACUGACAAUGAAAUAGGAGUUUUACCCGCUGAUCUCCUCCCUUCCGAAUCCCCGACAACAACGACAACAACAACGACCACGACAACAACUACAACAACGACAGAAAAACCAAAGACAUCGACAGAAAACCAGACGGAUAGGAGAAAGAAGGAUGUGAAGUAUUUCCUACGAGGGAACAGAAUAGUCGUAGUAUGAUCGACUGACCGACAAGACUGACUGAGAUGUUCCUGACCACGGUUCGGUGUUAGGUGGCGAGGAGCUUCAAAAUUACUACUACCACCAGUAACGGUCGCCAGUGAUAAAUAGUUAGUAGGGCCCUGCCAGUCUACGCAAACACUUUUGUGACUCUCCAGCCGACCUAGCCGAAGUGACAAUCGUUGCCGAUCGAAACGCAGUCUGUCUCUGUCGCGCCACUACCGAAAAGCGAUAGGGAGAGCUACGCAGCGUAAACGAUUGUGACGAUGGCUAGCUAUCCUGGAGAGAAGGGUACAACUUUAUUACCAAAAAAGACGAAUUCAUGUCGGAAUUUCAGUUGAAAGAGUCCUCAUUCCAUUUGAAGCAUAGGGCCCUUUCUGUGGUGGAAAGCUACAUUUAUCUUAAACUUGCACUUUAUGAUUGUUAGUUUGAAUGAAAGCAGUCAAUGGUAAAAACUAAAAACACCAUUAUUAAACAGAAUAUCAAGUUUCUGAGCUAUUACUGCAGCCUAUCCAGGAUACAAAUUUUAAAGCCUAGCCAGAAAUAUAUGAGCGUCGUCAUGAGGGCGCUGUUAAUCUCAUGUAAAGUCAUGUACCUAUGUAGUGACAGUCCAAUACACUCUCAUACAUUUCUGGUGUCCAUGAAGAAACAAGCUUAUUUAGGAUUCAAGUUGAUUUUAAAUGGAUAAAGGUGGAUAGGCUGCUGUAAUAAUAACACAGUCAUAAACUUGACACUUUGCUCGUAGCGUAAACGUAGGAGUUUGAACAAAAUUUUUUGGAAGAAACAGAAACUAUUUUUUUAUUUUUGAAAGCACAGUUUCUAGAAUUGUUCAUGUCGCGCUAUUUUGGACAUUUUAAAAGUUUAUUUUGCGUAGACGUCUUUGAGGCUAACAUUAGUUUAUCCGCACCUGUCUAAAACCGUGUAUUAUUAAAUAAGUCUCUAUUUAUAUAAUCUAUGACUAAUUUAACAUUCGAACAAAAUUCAGAAUCGUGUGUAUGUGUAUGUAUGUACGCAAUGGUUACAUUUGUGCGUUGUAUGAUCAGAAAUGGCUCAAUACCAAAGUUAUAGUAUCAUUGGUUUCCCAAAUUUCAGAAAUUUAUUUGUAAAUCUUUUUUUAACAUAUCAAAGCUACAUAUUGUUUGGCCAAAAUAAAUAAACCUGGUAUUUGUGCAUAAAAAUCUAAUGUUUGCAUGCUAUGUUUUUUCAACAUAUUUGUCAUGAAAUCAAUACUACUUAGUAAGCAAUUUAUUUUUAUUGUGUCUUUGUUGUGUCUCCUUUGGAUGUAGGUACCUAAUCAUUUUUUGAAUAAUACUAUAUGUAUGACAUAUGGAUUGUCCAAGUAUCAAAACAGUUUCAUCUUUAGGUAUUCGUAAUAACAACCCAAAAUCACGUUUCAACUUUCAACGGACAGACUAUAUUAAUUAUACAUAUGUAAUUAUGUUCUUACUAUCAAGUAACACGUACUUUGUUAACACUUAAUUAAUAAUUUUAUAGAAGACUUCAUACAGUUUUGAAAAUGUCUCUUUUCAAAAUAUUUUAUUCACUUUUUCCCUAUAUGGAAAUAAUGACACAAAAUUAAAUGGGUUUGUAUUGUAUGUACAAAUAUUUUUCGAGCAAAAACCUAGUUAAUACUUGUAGCCUUUUUUAUCUGAUUUAGAUCAUUGUCCUAAGCUUAUUUAUUUAAACGCAUAUAUUGUAAAUAAUCGGUGUAGUUAAUAUAGAACGAAUUUAUUAGCGAGGGUGUACAUAACAGAAUGCUCAAUUAAUAUUGUAUUUAAAUCUCUAGGUAAGUAUGUAGUAAUUUGAUAAAUAAAAAUUAAGGGUAAA